CUACCCACCCCCUCCCAACACUUCGCAUUCACUCUCGCUUUUUGAUUCUGGUCGCAUCUAUUUCUCGUUCCAUCUUCUAUCUUCCCAACCCUAGAUUACCAUCUUCCUCCCCAAAUUCUGUAGAUCUGCGCCCCAUUUCAUGGAAUCGCAUGACUAUCUCUACGAUUCCAUUGUUUAUGAGACAGAUCUUGAAGAAGGUGGAUGUGAGGAUUCCUCUGUGAUUUACGGAACAUCAAUCUCUGACGACAAGGAGGAGGACGAGGUGAUCGUCAUCCAUAGCGACGACGAUGCCGAUGUUGCCCCGGUCAGAGAGAAGAAGGUGGUAAUCGACCUUGUUGAUGAGGAGGAUUCUGUAAUUUUUUUUGCCAGCGAUGAAUCUGGCAGUGAAAUUCUUGAGAAACCGACUUUGCCAUUGAUGAAAUCAAGCAUGCACCUCCACUUAGACAUCCUGAAUAUAUUAAUGCCCAGUCCAGAUCCAAACUUUUGGGCCUCAACAUACAAGUAGGGAAGUUAAUUUCCUUUCCUUACAAAUCUUUCAGGUUUAUUUAUGCCUUGAAUUUUGAGCCUUUGAUUAUGUUAAGAAGACUAUGUGCAUGUUAUACAUUGUUGCCUCCAUGAUCUUAAUUGCCCAGAUUCAAUGAUGAUUAAGUCUAAACUGUGAUGAGCAUGUUUUUUUAAAUAUGCUAAGUGUGUACUUUGAAUAACUGUGAUGCCUUCCU